GUGUACAGUAUAGUUUAGCUCUGCCCUCACAAACUGUAGAUUAGAAUGUAUGAUGGGAGAUGUACAGGGAUACAAAGUAUAUUAAAAGCAGGUGCUUUCACACAGGUGUGGUUCCUGUCCUAUUUAAGCAAUUAACAUCCCAUCAUGCUAAGGGUCAUGUAUAAAAAAUGUUUGGCAGAACAUUAUUUCGGCCCUUAUUUUGGCUGCCAUGGCUAUGCCCCCAUAAGAUGACAAUUCAUCCACAGGGCAUGAGUGGUCACUGAAUGGUUUGAUGAGCAUGAACAUUAUGUAAACUAUAUGUCAUGGACAUCUCAGUCACCAGAUCAUAACUCAGUUGAACACUUACAGUAUGUGAGAUUCUGGAGCAGUGCCUGAGGCAGCGUUUUCCACCUCCAUCAACAAAACACCAAAUUGUAGAAUUUCUCUUGGAAGAAUAGUGUCGUAUCCAUCCAAUAGUGUUCCAGACACUCUAUGCCACCAAUGCCCAAUUAAGAAACUUUAUGUUGGUAUUUACUUUAUUUUGGCAGUUACCUGUAUGUCUAUAGCCUAAAGCUCGGUGAGUAGGCUUUAGUUCAAUACAGUACAUGACAAAAAGUAUGUGGACAUCAGCUCAUUGAACAUUUCAUUCCAAAACCAUGGGCAUUAAUAUGGAGUUGGUCCCCCCUUUCCUGCUAUUUUUUACCUUCAUUUAACUAGGCAAGUCAGUUAAGAACAAAUUCUUAUUUUCAAUGACGGCCGAGGAACAGUGGGUUAACUGCCUGUUCAGGGGCAGAACGACAGAUUUGCACCUUGUCAGCUCUAACCACUAGGCUACCCUGCCGCCUCCACUCUUCUGAGAAGACUUUCCACUAGAUGUUGGAAUAUUGCUGCGGGUUCUUGCUGCCAUUCAGCCACAAGAGCAUUAGUGAGGUUGAGCACUGAUGUUGGGCGAUUAGGCCUGGCUCACAGUCGAUGUUCCAAUUCAUCCCAAAGGUGUUUGAUGUGGUUGAGGUCAGGACUCUGUACAGGCCAGUCAAUUUCUUCCACACUGAACCAUUUCUGUAUGGACAUCGCUUUGUGCACGGGGGCAUUGUAAUGCUGAAAAAGGAGAGGGCCUUCCACAAACUGCUGCCACAAAGUUGGAAGCACAGAAUCAUUGAGAAUGUCAUUGUAUGCUGUAGCAUUAUGAUUUCCCUUCACUGGAACUACAGGGCCUAGCACAAACCUUGAAAAACAGCCCCAUACCAUUAUUCCUCCUCCACCAAACUUUAAAGUUAGCACUAUGCAUUGGGGCAGGUAGGGUUCCCAGAUUCGUCCGUUAGAAUUCCAGAUUUCCACAUACCUUUGUAUAUAUAGCUUAGCAUCAAUACUGAAUAAUUAUAAGUAGACCUAUGGUGCUUGAGGCUAUUGGGGUGUGAUUCAGUGUGAGUAGUCCUACUUUAUUGAGAAUGUAAAGGUCACAAAUAUCAGUCGCAGAGACACCGUUGGGAACAAACACAGAAACACAGAGGGAUAGAAAAAGCUACAAACAGUUGGAACAACCAGGGCAUUAUUCAAAUCAUUUACAUGUGGCUGAGAGAUGCAAAGUAUCAUCAAUUAUAAUGGAGGGACCUAUUAGAUAGGCUUUGUGAACGGGUAAAUUGCACAAUUGUUUAGGUUUCAUAUCAUGUGGGACUGUUAUUGAAUAAGCCAUUAUGAGGCUUAUAAUGCAUUUAGGCUUUUUGUCUCCAUUAAUGAGACUAAAAGUGGCAUUGAUGGAUAGCCGACCUGUCUUUGCUCAUAGUGAUCUGUUUAAAUCUAUACAUUAACUAAGGAAACGUUGCCAAUAUAAUUCAGGUGGCAAUAUUUAUUGUAUUAUACUUGAUUCAAAGAAAACUCCUUAUAAAUAUGUACAGUAUGCAAGAUACAUUUUCAUGUUUAUUUUCACCAUGAUUCAUUCAUUGGUUUCAAUGUGGGGUCAAGGUUUCCUUUAUUAAACAAAAAAUGUUAAGAUUACAGGAUCAUUGCAAAACAAAGACAUGCUGUUAAUUGUUACAGUAGCUGUUAUGAACCAAGGACAGUCUAUGAGACACGUUGUCUCAAAGCGCUGGAAUGGAAUCUCUCACCCUAUGACUACCAUUGGAUUUUCCCAGCUUGUGUAUCUGUUAAUUUCGAGUUUGAUGCCAUGAUCCAUGGACUGAUUGCUUAGUGAAAACACAUUUGUUCAAUCAAAGAAAAAUCCAUUUACCUUUCUGUUUUAUUUUACUAUCGGACACAUUUCCUUUAUUAGUUGACAAUCAUCAUUGACACCCAAUUCAUCCCUUGCUUCUACCUGGUCUCAGAGAAUGUUGUAUUAUUCUGUACGUAAAUCCACAACACUUCAUCAUUUAGUAUGAUAUUACGUUUCAUAUUAAGGUAUGUAUUAAUAUGUGGAUGUGCAUCACUCCUUUCGUAUUAUAAAUGACAAAUUACAUGAUGAAGUUCAAACUCGCAACCUUUGGGUUGCUAGAUGUUCACCCUGACCAACCACCCUACUUUCGUUUCUGGCAUAACUAACCAUCUGUUUUAUGUAACCAUACCAAACUUAACAUACCACACUAAUUUGAGUGUCCUGGAUUUACAUGUACUAUGUUACGCCUAGUCCAUGAGACCAGGAUGCUUGCUUACGUAGUUUAUAAAUGGCAUGUAAUAUGACUAAAGAGAGGCAACAUAGCCCAGUUGGGUCAUUUUGACAUAAUGGAACAGAUAAUAUACAAGGACAAUGUUCAGAUGUCCCCUGCACUAAUAAAGAGAGUACACAAUGCUCUCUGUGACAAUCCCAGCACCCUUCACACUGUCGCCCCUCCCUUGAGGAGUAUAAACUUGCUCAACUGAGUGUGAGAGCACUGAUGUCAUGGGUUGUAAUAGAGAUCACUAGUUGUAUUGCCUGUUAACUGCUAACAUUUUUGGCUUUCUAUGUUCAAUAUUGUGGUUUUUAAGGCAAUACUUGUGGCAUACACCAGUGUCCUGCGAGGAACUGGCUCCGUCAUCCUGUCGGCCCUGCUCUCUGUGCGCUGGGCCUGGUGUCCCAGGCUGGAGAAGCAGGUCCAGGUCUUCUCUGUCAUGCAGUCCAUCGUCUCCUUCCUUAUCAUGGGCCCUAUAUGCUCUGUGGUGAUGCUGUACCUCCUCUGGACUGACCUCUGGUGUGUCACAGCCUCAUGUACCAUCUGGCUCUUCUAUGAUUGGAACACACAAACAAGAGCUGGCCGAAGGGUCUCGUGUGUAAGGAACUGGACAGCGUGGACCUACUACCGAGACAACGACUGUAUCCGACUUAUCAAGACUCACAACUUGUUGCCCAAUCGAAACUACAUCCUUGGCUACCACCCACAUGGAAUUGGAGCACUGAGUCUGAGUCCAACUGAGUCCAAUGGUUUUUCAGCCAAGUUCCCUGGAAUAACACCAUUUGUGGCUACCCUGGCUGGGAACUUCCACAUGCCAUUAGCCAGAGAGUACCUGGUGUCUGCAGGGGUUUGUCCUGUGAAUCGCGCCACUCUGGAGUUCAUUCUGUCAUGUAAUGGAACAGGGAAUGCAGUCAUUAUUAGUGUUGGAGGGGCAGCUGAAUCUCGGUACUGUACUCUAGGAGUUCAUUGUAUGACCCUAAAGAACCGCAAGGGCUUUGUGAAACUGGCAUUGUCUAACAGGGCUGACCUGGUGCCUGUGUACUCAUUUGGAGAGAAUGAUGUCUAUAAGCAGCUGAUACUGAAUGAGGGAUCGUGGUGGAGGCUGAUCCAGAGGAGGCUACAGAAGAUCCUGGGCUUUGCCCCCUGUGUGUUUCAGGGCCGGGGCCUCUUCUCCCCUGACACUUGGGGCCUGGUCCCCUUCUCCAAACCCAUCAACUCAGUUGUUGGAAAACCCAUGGAGAAGCCCAAGAUCAGUUCACCCAGCCAAGAAUUGAAUCAUUACCACGCCAUGUACAUGAGCUCCCUUACACAGCUCUUUGACAAGCACAAGACCCACUUUGAGCUGAGGGAGGAGGAUGUUCUGGUGAUUCACUGAGGAGUGGUCAUACCCUGACCGGGUCAGAUGCAAGCAAUACUCGUUGGCUGCUCCAGAUAAGCCAUGUACAUUAUGACUGAAGCUGUGACUACAGGAACCAUCACACAGAUCAAAGGCUACCUGUCAAGACAGACUGAAACACAAUAGAUGCUGCCGGUUUUUCUAGGAUAAUCACUAGGUGAAGUGUCCUGGGGGAAGAUUGUUGUUUUAUGUCUGGAACCAUAGCCUGCUGUAGCACAUUUGAUGCAUCAUUCAAUUCAAUAUAACCCCCAGGGGGUAGAACAUUUCUUCAAUUUCUGGUUCUGCUGAUGAAAAUAAAAACAGAUAAUGUGUAUUUUAAAUCCAUAACAUUUGUUUUUUUUAAUCAGAACUGGGUUGUUUUCUUGGCACUUUCUAAAUAUAUUUUGCAGCGAGAACAUAGUGGUCAAAUCACUUCUGUAUUUGUCUUAACAAGUCAGUUGCAUGGCCACACGGGGGGUGUCUUGACUCUUCACUACAGUGAACGAACCAAUGUAUCCCAGCUAUUCAAACCAUUUGUAAAACAUUUUAUAUCAAGCAGGCAUGCAAUAUCAUGUAUUAUUAGUCAGUUGUAUGCUUUAAUAUAACUAUUCAGUGGUUCAGUGUGUAUAUUUAAAGAUAUUGUUCAGAGAGACACUAUUUAUCUAAAUUCACUUGUCCUCAAAUUGUUCCACAUAAGAACAAGUGAGGUCAAUAGACACUCAAGAUGUAGCUUCCACAUUAUCAUAAUCUGUGACUAUCUGUUCACAAAACAGUGAUAAGAAUAUAGGUUUUAAUAAAACAUAUACACACUAUAACAUCCCCCCCUUUAUUUUAGAAGGGCACAGAAUACGAAAAACAUUCAACUGCCCUCUGAUGUUAUUGAUCAUAGUUUGAAUCACUAAGCCCUCACUGAAAGCCCUUAUUCUGCCUGUCAGUCAGUGCAGUGGUCCCCGGCCCUUCAUCCAUCCACAUGUGCAUCUGUGGAAGGAGUAAACAAAUCAAAUGUAUUUAUAAAGCCCUUCGUACAUCAGCUGAUAUCUCAAAGUGCUGUACAGAAACCCAGCCUAAAACCCCAAACAGCAAGCAAUGCAGGUGUAGAAGCAUGGUGGCUAGGAAAAACUCUAGAAAGGCCAAAACCUAGGAAGAAACCUAGAGAGGAACCAGGCUAUGAGGGGUGGCCAGUCCACUUCUGGCUGUGCCGGGUGGUAAUGUUACCACAGCUUAACAAGUUACAGUAUGUCACCAUAUUGACUUUCAGUUGCUCAAACACUACAUAUGCCUGUAAAACAUUUGAUAUCUUUGUUUGUUCAUUGUAAAGAAAUGAUGCCUUUGAGCCAUUCACCCUGUAAUUGUUGUCGUUUUAAUUUUCUGGAUUUUACAGCUAAACAAUC